AUGGAAGCAACUUCUCAUUCAAAUAAUUCAGCAGAUUCAUUUGAUCCAGAUGCUUUUAAAAAAUCAAUUAAGCAAGAACCCCCAGUUACUCCAGAAAUGGUUGCGAAAAAAUUUGCUAAGGUAUAUGAUAAUCCACCUAUGGGGACAUAUCAGAAUUUUAUAGCUGGUGCUGGUGCUAUAUUUGGGAGAUGUGGGAUGUUUUGCUUUUUGUGUGAAAAUCCAUAUCGUGAAGUGGAUCAAGGUGAAGUUGGAUUGGUUCAAACAUUUGGUCGUCUUAAUAGAGUUGUUGAACCUGGGUUGAAUUAUGUUAAUACUUGGUCUGAAUCUAUAACUAAAGUUUCUAUAAAGAUUAACAUUAGAGAAAUUCCAGCUCAGAAAUGUUUCACUAAAGACAAUGUCAGUGUUAUUAUUACUUCCGUUGUUUAUUACAAUAUCAUUGAUCCUCCCAAGGCCAUUUAUUCCAUUUCUAAUAUUCAUGAAGCAAUUAUGGAAAGAACUCAAACAACCCUUAGAGAUGUCAUUGGUGGAAGAAUUUUACAAGAUGUGGUUGAGAAGAGAGAAGAAAUUGCAGAAUCAAUUGAACAUAUUAUUGCCAAAACCGCUUUUGAUUGGGGUGUACAAAUUGAAUCAAUCUUAAUUAAAGACUUGACUUUACCUGACAAGGUUCAAUCUUCAUUGUCAAUGGCUGCAGAAGCAAAGAGAAUUGGUGAAGGUAAGAUCAUUAAUGCAAAGGCUGAAGUUGAAUCAGCCAAGUUAAUGAGAAAAGCAGCUGAUAUAUUGGCAUCGAAACCAGCUAUGCAAAUUAGAUAUUUGGAUGCAUUACAAAAUAUGGCUAAAUCUCCGGGUACUAGAGUUAUUUUCAUGCCUUCUGCUCAAGAAGUUGAAAGAAUGGCUACUGCAAACAUUUCAGGUGGUGUCAGUCUGGGAAAGGAAAGGGCCCAGGAUUUGGAUGAAGAUACUGAUUGGGCAGCACAUGGUACUCCCCAGCAAGAUUUGAGUCACAGUAGACAGAUGACUGAUAUCGUAGCAAUGCAAGAAGCAAUGCACCAAUAG